AUGUCUUCACAAGAGAACACCACCAGCAAACCAUCGCCACCCGAAAAGCUCUCGGGGUUCGACUGGUGGCGCCGGAGCAUGCUGUACCGGACCGGAAUGGGCAUGAGUGAUGCAGACAAGCGUCAGUUUGAAAUCGACUACAAUGCUAAACAGCUUCCCCAAAGAUGCGAUGCUUGUGUAUCAGAAAGAGACUGGGUUCUUCAGUACUCUCCAUCGGUGCGGUUCAUGAUGGAUCAUGUGAACAAGCUUGGUGGCAACUUAUCGUCCAAGAAUAUCAAAUGUGAAGUAUGUGACGACUUGAAGGGUGGAGGGUUUCAUCCACAAAUGGGGAUCUUAUUGUGUUCCAAUUGGAUCCGAGACAAAUGGCAGUUGGAAGAUAUUCUCACCCAUGAACUUGUUCACGCGUACGACCACCUUAAGUUCAAGGUUGACUUGACCAACUUAAAACACCACGCAUGCACAGAGAUCCGAGCUUCGAUGUUGAGUGGAGAGUGUCGAAUUUUCAACGAAAUAAAGAAAACAGGCCUCGCCAAUUUCGACAAGAAGUUCCAGGCAUGCAUCAAGAGAAGAGCCACGCUAUCGGUGUCGGCGAAUCCGAACUGUAAAACCAAGCAAGACGCUGAAAAUGCCGUUAAUGCGGUGUGGAUGUCGUGUUUCAACGACACACGGCCUUUUGAAAGAGUGUACCGUUGA